AGCGGUCAGCUGGCGGGGUUCCUUGGACUCCGAAGUCGAGAACCAGUCCAUACCCCUGGGAGGUGCUGGGAAUGUCUGUGGAGGCUCCUGGGGAGGCCAGCCCCCUGGCGCCUGGCCUGGGGCCUUCCUGGUGGCCGGUCUGGGGCCAGGAGGAGCUGAGCGCUGGCCGGAGGGGCCGUUCCUGGCGAUCCGUGCCCACCUGGUCUGUGUUGGGGUUCCGCUCUCUCGGGUCGGGAGGGCUGCGAGUUGCUCUGAGCGGACCCCUGGCUUCCCUGUUCCGUGUAAGCGCUGUGGAAGCUGCGGGCGGCCCCCCGGGCCCGUCUCUGGGAACGAGCACCCCCAGCAUGCGGCCUUGACCUCUGGGAAGGCAGGCCUCUGCUCUCUGAGACUCCGCUGGCCUGUUUGUAAGGCGGGGGUGGGGUUUUCCGGACCUCUCCUCAGGUAGGCGAAGGGAGGCUGUUUCUAGAGGCAUCCGCGGGUGGGGCCCCAAACCCCAAUUUUUUUUUUUUUUUUUUUAGAUUUUAUUUACGUGAGAGAGAGCGAGCGGGGUGGUGGCGGUGGUCGUGGCGGUGGUCGUGGCGGUGGGGGGAGGGGAAGGGCGGAGGGACAUGCGGCCUCCCUGUUGCGUGCCGGGCCUGCCUCCACCGGGCUCCCUCCCAGGACCCUGAGAUACUGACCUGAGCGCCAGUCACGGGCGCCUCCCCCAACCCGAGUGUCAGAGUCGGUCCAGCUCCCAAGCUGUUGGAUGUGGCAGAGGAGUUUUGGGGUCUCCACCCCCCUGCUGUCUGCGCCCCACACUGUGCUUUGGACCCCGUGUCCAGACUCCUUGCCGUCCUUCUUUGGGAGAGCUGCCCUGAACGGGACCUCCUGUAAGGGGAGGGGACGCGGCUGUAUGGUCGUUGUCUCUCUAUUCCCUGGACAGAGUCAGACCCUGGGCUUUCCAGCCCGGGUCUCAGGUGCUCAGGGAGGUGCGGGGCCUGGCGCCCCCUGGUGGUCCCAGCAGUCACCCCCACCCAGGUGGCUUGGGGAAGCAGGCAGGACCUCCCAGACCCGUGGAAGCCCUGUGGCCACUCCUCCGGGAGCUGGAGGGGUCACGCCCCCUGUGGUGGGUGCACAGGGUCUCGUGGGACCUGGAUGUCACCUUUUCAGGAGGACGUCUGUGGCCCGGGAACCCUAACAUGCUGUUUUCCCUGUCAUGUGUCUCACGUUUUAACAUAGCGUGUUGACUGACUUACAGGUUAUUUUUUUUUUUUUUAAGAUUUUAUUCAUUCACUUGAGAGAGAGCGAGCGUGCGCAAGUGUGGGGCAGAGCAGAGGGAGAGGGAGAAGCGGGCUCUGUGCUCGGCACACGACCCUGAAGUCACUACCCCAGCAGGAAGCCAGAGUCGGAGGACGCCUAACCGACUGAGGCACCCAGACGCCCUGUGCUUACUUAGGGGUUUUGUUUGGACGGUGUGCGCCAGGAAGGCUGGGAUUUUGUCCCUUCUUGUUUCCUUGUCUCUCCAUCUGUGUGUCCCUAAGCUCCCGGGAGUGGCUCUUAAUGGACGCUCAAAUAUUUGUCACGAAUGUCUUUCGUCAGUGAAUGGAUUCGUGUUGUCUGAGGACCUCGUUCAUGCCCUGCGAUGUCUCUUGGGGCGUGGAGUUCAGAGAAGGGCUCCAGGACCAUCCCCGGGUGCAGCAAACCCUGGGAGGUCUGUGGGCACCGUUCCUGAAUGCCCCCUGCCCCCCUAGGCCCGCCGUGCCCCUCCAGCGCCAUGAGCGAGGCCCGCAGGGACAGCACCAGCAGCCUGCAGCGCAAGAAGCCACCCUGGCUGAGGCUGGACAUCCCGGCGGUGGUGCCCCCAGCGGCGGAGGAGCCUGGCUUCUUCCAGGUAGGCCCCGGCCGGCAGGGGCUGGGGGGGUGCCCUGUCCAGCCUCCUCACCGCGACCCCGCCACCCAGCCCCUGAGACGCCAGGCUUUCCUGCGGAGUGUGAGUAUGCCCGCCGAGACCGCCCGUGUCCCCUCGCCCCACCGUGAGCCCCGGCGGCCCGUCCUGCAGCGCCAGACGUCCAUCACACAGACCAUCCGCAGGGGCACCGCGGACUGGUUCGGGGUGAGCAAGGACAGCGACAGCACCCAGAAGUGGCAGCGGAAGAGCAUCCGUCACUGCAGCCAGCGCUAUGGAAAGCUGAAGCCCCAGGUCAUGCGGGAGCUCGACCUGCCCAGCCAGGACAACGUGUCUCUGACCAGCACGGAGACGCCCCCUCCGCUGUAUGUGGGCCCGUGUCAGCUGGGCAUGCAGAAGAUCAUAGACCCCCUGGCCCGGGGCCGGGCCUUCCGCGUGGCGGAUGACAUGGCCGACGGCCUGAGUACCCCGCACACACCUGUCACGCCGGGUGCCGCUUCCCUCUGCUCCUUCUCCAGCUCCCGCUCGGGCUUAGGCCGGCUCCCGCGGCGACGCAAGCGCGAAUCAGUGGCCAAGAUGAGCUUCCGGGCAGCCGCGGCCCUGGUGAAGGGCCGCUCUCUUAGGGACGGCACGUUACGCCGGGUGCAGCGCCGAAGCUUUACUCCUGCCAGUUUCCUGGAGGAGGACACGGCGGACUUCCCUGACGAGCUGGACACAUCCUUCUUUGCCCGGGAAGGAGUCCUCCAUGAGGAGCUGUCCACGUACCCGGACGAGGUGUUCGAAUCCCCUUCGGAGGCUGCACUCAAGGACUGGGAGAAGGCCACGGAGCAGGCUGACCUCACGGGAGGGGCCCUGGACCGCACUGAGCUCGAGCGCAGUCACCUAAUGCUGCCCCUGGAACGAGGCUGGCGGAAGCAGAAGGAGGGGGGUGCAGCGGCCCCGCAGCCGAAGGUGCGGCUGCGGCAGGAGGUGGUGAGUGCAGCGGGCCAGCGGCGGGGCCAGCGUAUCGCCAUGCCGGUGCGCAAGUUCUUUGCCCGGGAGAAGCGGCCGUAUGGGCUGGGCAUGGUGGGCCGGCUCACCAACCGCACCUACCGCAAGCGGAUCGACAGCUACGUCAAGCGGCAGAUCGAGGACAUGGACGACCACAGGCCAUUCUUCACGUACUGGCUCACCUUCGUGCAUUCGCUCGUCACCAUCCUGGCCGUGUGCAUCUACGGCAUUGCGCCUGUGGGCUUCUCGCAGCACGAGACCGUGGACUCGGUGCUGCGGAACCGCGGGGUCUAUGAGAACGUCAAGUACGUGCAGCAGGAGAACUUCUGGAUCGGGCCCAGCUCGGAGGCGCUCAUUCACCUGGGCGCCAAGUUCUCGCCCUGCAUGCGCCAGGACCCGCAGGUGCACAGUUUCAUCCGCGCGGCGCGGGAGCGGGAGAAGCACUCGGCCUGCUGCGUGCGCAACGACCGGUCGGGCUGCGUGCAGACGUCGGAGGAGGAGUGCUCGUCCACGCUGGCAGUGUGGGUGAAGUGGCCCUUCCACCCCAGUGCCCCAGACCUUGCUGGCCACAAGAGGCAGUUUGGCUCUGUCUGCCACCAGGACCCCAGAGUGUGUGAUGAGCCUUCCUCGGAGGACCCCCACGAGUGGCCGGAUGACAUCACCAAGUGGCCGAUCUGCACCAAAAACAGUGCCGGGAACCACACCAACCACCCGCACAUGGACUGUGUCCUCACGGGCCGGCCGUGCUGCAUUGGAACCAAGGGCAGGUGUGAGAUCACGUCCCGGGAGUACUGUGACUUCAUGAGGGGCUACUUCCAUGAGGAGGCCACGCUGUGCUCACAGGUGCACUGCAUGGAUGACGUGUGUGGGCUCCUGCCCUUCCUCAACCCCGAGGUGCCUGACCAGUUCUACCGCCUGUGGCUCUCCCUCUUCUUGCACGCUGGGCAAGUGAUACCAUAUGGGCUGAGCUGUGCCAGGAUCCUGCACUGCCUGGUGUCCGUCUGCUUCCAGAUGACUGUCCUGCGGGACCUAGAGAAGCUGGCCGGCUGGCAUCGCAUAGCCAUCAUCUACCUGCUGAGUGGGGUCACUGGUAACCUGGCCAGCGCCAUCUUCCUGCCAUACCGGGCAGAGGUGGGCCCGGCCGGCUCCCAGUUCGGCAUCCUGGCCUGCCUCUUUGUGGAGCUCUUCCAGAGCUGGCAGGUCCUGGCGCGGCCCUGGCGCGCCUUCUUCAAGCUGUCGGCGGUGGUCCUCUUCCUGUUCACCUUCGGGCUGCUGCCCUGGAUUGACAACUUCGCACACAUCUCGGGCUUCAUCAGCGGCCUCUUCCUGUCCUUCGCCUUCCUGCCCUACAUUAGCUUCGGCAAGUUCGACCUGUACCGCAAGCGCUGUCAGAUCGUCGUCUUCCAGGCAGUCUUCCUGGGCCUCCUGGCCGGCUUGGUGGUGCUCUUCUACUUCUACCCCGUGCGCUGUGAGUGGUGCGAGUUCCUCACCUGCAUCCCCUUCACCGACAAGUUCUGCGAGAAGUACGAGCUGGACGCGCAGCUCCACUGAGGGGCCGCCCCGGGCCUCCCGGGCCCGACCUUGGCCUGCGCGCCCCGCGUGCGGCCGGCCGGUGCCCUGCACUGACCUCUUGUGCCUUGCUCACUGCGGUGGACUUCUCGUCCUCCAGGGCGUUUACUACACUAGUUACCACGAUUACCUUCUAACGAGUUUUUUGACGACCACCUCGUGUGGCCAAUAAAUGCACCGGGAGCGUUUUAGCUGCCACUAACUUA